AUGGACUCUUCUGGUUCGGGAAAGAUCCAGGCGUCUCAGCUGCGAUCCCAGUCUCAGCAGCAGUUUUCACAGGGACCGUCUCUCUCGCAGCUCUCUCAGAGUUCCCUUGACGACGUUUUGACAUGUGACCAGGUGUGCAACUCUUACACUCAGUCUUCGUCUAGCCUUUGCAUUCCCGUAGGUCUGCCAAGAAUAAUUAUCAAUGUUUUAGGUCUAUUUCAUUAUUUUUUAUUAUAAUGUCUUCCAGCUUCCUGACGAAAAAAAUGAACAACGGAGAAACAGAUGCUGCCUCAUUUUUUCCCGAUAUUCAAAUUUUUUAUUCCUCUGAUUUCAUGAUGUGAUCAAUAGUAUGCCCUAUGAUCUUCUGUGAAUAUUUUUUCCUGAUGAACGCUGUCACUUAUAUGGAGGAAUUCAAAGUUCUUUCCGCAAUCCUUGGAAAUAUAUGGCAGAUCAAUCCCCGAUGUGUGCUCAUCUAAGUAUGAAUCUCCUCUUGCGUUCCUAGUUUUUAAUUACUUGUGCAUUAGUUUGAAGGAUUUUGACUACGUAGAUAAUUGCAUUCUAUCGCCAUGUAGAGCGAAGUUGAUGACUUAAGAGUUCCAUCAGCAUAUCCCUGUGUGACGAUGAGAAAAUGAGAUACUGCCGAAUCCGAUGCAUCAUUAUGAUGAAGAAAUCAGUUUCAUCUGAAGGCUGUAUGGUAUUUGAUGAAAUUUGUUGAUUUUAUCAGAGACUUGGCUCUCAAGAAAGAGAGAACACGGCAAAGAGGUUCACUUGCCUGGCACCGAUUACAAGCUCAAGGGAUGAAUCUCAAAUGCAGUUAUCGAGGACAUCUAACAAUUUUAUGCGGAGAUCUAACUCGGCUUCAACAGCUGAUCAAAGAUGUAAGUCUUUGUAAUUGAACUUGAAAUUUAUUCUUUCAAUUCUCGAUGCCUGUUGUGAUUUCUGAGGUAACAGUGCUACUGUCUGAAUAAAAAAUAUGAUCACAUCACUGUGCCUGCUAAAAGUAAAUGAUAUAUCCUGGAAAUACUUGAAAAGCUUAAUUUUCUCAAGCAGGUCAUGUUAGUGAAGAACUUGAGCUCAGGGUCGGAUUGAUGGAGAGUUCUUUGACCAGACUGGGAAGGAUACUGGAUAGCAUACAGAGUGAUGUGAUGCAAGUAAACAAGGCUGUGAAAGAGGUACUAUUAGAAGGUAAUUUUGAAUGUCAGUGUUUAGUCUCCAAAAGCCAAUACGCUAUGAUGACCAUCCAUCUAAAUCUGUCCAGCACUUGCAUAUUCUCCCUAUGAAAAAUUAAUAAUCUCGCUGUUUGAUAUCUGGUGCUGAUAUCCAGUGGAAGGUAUGCGGCAGAAAACAGUCAUUCAGGAUAGCAACGUCCAACUGAUGGUAAGAAUACCAAGCCACCAUACGCAAACCUAGUUUCCGAGCUUUUGCGUGCUCUUCCAUGAAAUUGUCUUAAGCGUUACAACGAAUUAUGAGGAAUAGCUGAAGGGAGAAGAGGAGGUCAAAGCCAGCCUUGCGGGAAUUCUCAAGUCAAUUCCUGAUCAGUUGAGAAAGCAAGCUGAGUUAACCGAUCAACACAAGUUCCACGCCAUUUCUACAGCAAUUUCAUCCAUUCCAGCAAGGAUCGAGGGACGCUUGCUGAGACUUCAGCAUGAAAUAUGUGGGACCUUCAGCAAAGAAUUAGAGGUACUAUGAUUUCUGAUGAUAUUUUCUGUAGAAGUCCCAACCUCUAAUCCUUGCCUAGCGUUACUCUUGAGUGGUCGUAAUUGACGUUCUUGACUGGAACCUCAGCUAUUUUUGGUGAAUCUGAGAAUUUAAUAAAAACAAUAUUUUACCAAAGAAGAAACAUUUCCUGCGAAGAACAUGAAAAGACUCGGGUUCUCAUGUUUCAGUCCAUCGAAUAAAAUCACCACAUGCUUUAACUACGCAGAACCUCCUCCCUUCAAGCAUGAAAUUUCUCACUUUACUGUUGUCAAUCUGAAGCCCUGCCUGAUUUUUCCUGAAUCUGAUCUCCCUUUAUCUCCAUUCAUGCUGGAAUUCUUAAUUUCCUUAUUUUUGUUUCUCCAACCGCAGAAGAGAUGCUUCGUCGCCGCUGGGUCUCAAAAGAAUCAUGUGCCGAUAACUGGAGUGUGCGUAUACUCUGAUUUCCUCCCACAUUUGAACUCAGUGCGAUUCGCUGUUGGCCUUGUGGCUCCUGGCGCAACUGAACUUCGAUUUGUUCCACCACGCACUUCUGUGUCUCCCCUUGUUCUUUGCCGCAAGUGACCGGGGGCGUCAGCUACAGAGCAGCGGGGCAUAGUGGUGCUCUCGCCUGGUGUCCUUAAUAUAUUUCUUCUGAUUGCAGUCCCAGCGAGCAGGCAGCGGCUCAUUUCGCACCGGUUCCAGCGCGGAAGGCUGGGGCAAAGCUGGCUAAACUCCUUGAACCGGAACCGUUAUCGUUGUAUGGUGUGAAGCGCUUGGAACCCAAGCAGGAAGAGAUUCUCCCUUCAGUGCAGGUAGUCUUUCACGACGUACUUGCUGCUAAUCGAACUAUAUGCGCUUUGUCGUCCUCAUAUGUCUAAGUGCAUAUUACACCACCCCAUCAUGGGCAUCUGAAGUUUUAAAUACCACAUCACAUUCUGGUCAUGAUGUGAAAAAAUAUUAGUAAAAGAUCACUGACAAGAAUUUGCAUUAGGCGCCGUUUAUGGAGGUAACGUCUCUCUCUCUCUCUCUCUCUCUCCAUCUAUCUAUCUCAUCUGUCUCUAUAAAAUCUCCUCAAUUUUGGAUGAUUUUGAUAAGAAAUGAUAAUUUCUAGUUGAAUUAGUCAACGGUCGGCCAAAUUCACUAUCACAGGAUAGUAAGUUAAUUUUUCAUCCACUUUAAGUAGGACAAACCUGAUUCAGCCGAGGUUCGAGCAAUAUUUGAAUCUGUGGACUGUGUUAGUAAACUAUGUAUAAGUAGGUUCUUCACUGUGUUCGAUGACAAUCCCAGGGGGCUAAUUCGAAACAUUUUCCCGCACUGCUGAUAAUUCUAGAAUAUGCCUCUUUGACAUCAUUGGUUGCUCUUAUGACCUUUUUCUUUGCCCAGGUCAACGACUACAGGGUGAUCAUUGAAUCGGACGAGGAGAUGGAUGGAGCUUUUUCCUGCUUGCUCGAGAAACAUGUGACAGGUAGUUCCUUAACAACUUCUUUCAUAAAUACAGAUGCCUCCCAAGCAGCUUCCAUCAUUGUAAAAGAUGCUUCCCUCCCUCCCUCCCUCCCUCUCUCUCGAUCACAUUCGUUUCUCUCUCCAUGUCAGGACGGAAGAGCUGUUCAUCGGCGGAAGCGAGGGCGGAGAGCAUGCGAAUUCUAA